AAAAUCCUGAGGAUAAAAAGGCAAGUUGAAGAGUACAGAUAGAUAUAUAGAAAUACAACAAGAGAAGAGAACACAAAACUCACACAACACUUUCCCUUCUCUCUCUUUCUAGGGUUCCAAGUUUGAAGUUGAAAGUGUUAAAGUUUCUCUUCCUUUUCACAAAUUUGGUUGCACUUGCAACUGAGCGAAGAAAGAGGGAUCAGCAGGGGCACGAGAGGAGGAAGAGGAAAGAGAAGAAAAAACAAGAAAAGUGGAGAAAGGGAUAGGUGUUGUACUAAAAUAGAAAAAUUGAGUGAAAAAAAGGAAAAAAUUUACAAGUAGAAGGAGUGAGGUUGGAGAAUAAUAAGGAUAUGGGGAGGGGAAGAGUGGAGUUGAAGAGGAUAGAGAACAAGAUAAACAGGCAAGUCACCUUUGCAAAGAGGAGAAAUGGCCUUCUCAAGAAAGCCUAUGAGCUAUCUGUUCUCUGUGAUGCUGAGGUUGCCCUCAUCAUCUUCUCCAACCGUGGCAAGCUUUAUGAGUUCUGCAGCAGCACUAGCAUGCUCAAAACACUUGAAAGGUACCAGAAAUGCAGUUAUGGAGCGGUGGAAGUUAGCAAACCUGCUAAAGAGCUCGAGCAGAGCAGCUACCGUGAAUACUUGAAGCUGAAAGCAAGAUUUGAAUCACUUCAAAGAACCCAAAGAAACCUUCUAGGGGAAGACUUGGGUCCACUGAAUACCAAAGAACUUGAGCAGCUUGAACGGCAAUUGGAUUCUUCUCUAAAGCAAGUGAGGUCCACCAAGACACAAUUCAUGCUGGAUCAGUUGGCUGAUCUUCAAAACAAGGAGCAGAUGUUGGUAGAAGCAAACAGAUCCUUGACAAUGAAGCUGGAAGAAAUCAACUCAAGAAAUCACUACAGGCAAUCAUGGGAAGCUGGUGAUCAAAGUAUGCAAUAUGGUGGUCCACAGAAUUCUCAGUCUCAGGGCUUCUUCCAGCCACUGGAAUGCAAUCCCACCUUGCAGAUUGGUCCUGAUUACAGGUACAAUGUUGUCGCUUCAGAUCAGAUAACUGCAACAACUCCAGCUCAACAAGUGAGUGGCUUUAUUCCAGGGUGGAUGCUUUGAGCUAUUUAGGCUGAUCAGUAUUCAGUUGGAGACAUAAAAGCAAAACACCCCACCAAAGGGCAAAGCCAAAUGCAUCUAUUAUUCUUAUUUUGGUAUAAGAAACAGCUGUGACUUUUGUUCAAACUUUUGAACCAUUUCUCAUAGACAUGUGAUAUUUAUAACAUUUGAGUAACUUUUGAAGGA